AUGUCGCUGAUUCCAAGCUUCUUCGGGAACCGCCCGGGCAGCAGCAGCGGCGCGUGGGAUCCGUUCUCCGCCCUGGAUGCCUUUGAUCCCUUCAGGGACUUCUCGACGAACUUCCCCUUCUCGUCGGCUCUCAUCCCUAGCGGCGGGGAGAAUACGGCCUUCGUGAACACGAGGAUCGACUGGAAGGAGACUCCCGAGGCGCACGUGUUCAAGGCGGACCUGCCGGGGCUGAAGAAGGAGGAGGUGAAGGUGGAAGUGGAGGACGACAGGGUGCUGCAGAUCAGCGGCUGUGAAAUCUGCAAUACAGAGUCUUGCUCUGUUCUAGCGUGCUAUAUCAAGCUAAGAACAAAAACCUGCUAA